AUACAAGAUCAGAGCUGUAAUAUAGAAGAUCAGACCUGUAAUAUAGAAGAUCAGAGCUGUAAUAUACAAGAUCAGAGCUGUAAUAUAGAAGAUCAGAGCUGUAAUAUACAAGAUCAGAGCUGUAAUAUACAGAGCUGCAAUGUCUUAUGCCCUGGAUGGCGAUGAUCUACUAGGGGUCAGUAAUGACCAGGACCCCGGCAGCGGUGACAGCAGCUUAGAUGAGGGGCUGAGCUUCUCUCCAGAUCUGGGUCUCUCCCCUGUCACCUGCCUCUCUGGAAACAUGGGGCACCUACACUGCGAAGACAGCAUCAGGAGAAAGCUGAAAUUAUCCCCGGAGUCCCAGCAGUCCAGCCCCACGGAGACACCAUGCCCGCAACAGACUGCUAUGGGAACUGCUGCACUCCCAGGUUACCCAAGUGAAUUGACUCCUGUUUUAAAGCCUCGCAUCUGCAACACAAGUGAUUCUUCUUUUCAAUCCAACAUCUACAAACCGAAAAAGGCGUCUAGAAAAGUGAACGCGAGAGAACACGAGAACGUACAUCGAAAAGACACAAGGAAGAAAAAGGCUCGCUUAAAGCUUUUAGACUUGUUUCAAAGCCCAGAGCUUCUUACAGGACAGCAGGGUCAGAGGGCAGAAAAAGGCAAACGGGAAGAAGACGGACAGAGGGAGAAAAACGAGACAGCGAAUACAGAAUGUUCUGAGAACAAGAGGGUUUCGAUGGGUGAGAUCAGUCCAAUAUUUAAAGAAGCCGAAGAUGAACGUGAUGACCUAAUUGGGGAUUUCUCAAAGCCUUACAGCCUUCCUGUAGAACAGGGGAACCAUCAGGACCUGAAAUAUAUCACCUGUAACACACUAGCACGUCUACUAGGAAGAGGAUAUAAAGACUUUGUACAGAUGUACCGUCUUGUGGACUGCCGCUAUCCCUAUGAAUAUGCUGGAGGUCAUAUCAAGGGGGCCCAGAAUUUAUAUAGAGAAGACCAAAUUUCUGAAUUUUUUCUUGAGAGCCCAUCGCUUCCUCAGGAGAGAAGAGUAGUAAUUUUUCACUGUGAAUUCUCCUCUGAAAGAGCCCCUAAACUGUGUCGGAUUUUAAGAAACCUUGACAGGAAGGAAAAUCUUUACCCGCAUUUGUAUUACCCUGAACUCUAUCUCCUAAAAGGUGGAUAUAAGGAGUUCUAUGAGACAUUUCAACAUCUGUGCGAACCACAAGGUUACGUCAAAAUGGUUCACAAGGAUUUCAGAGAUGAAUUAAAAAAAUAUCAAAAAAAGAAAAAGACUUUGUCAGGACAGAGGAUCCGUAAAGAACUGUUUAAGCCACUAACCACAAGUAAAGGCUUCAGCCCUGUUACAACCCAAAGCGUGAUGAAAUUGUAGAACUCUUAACAACACGUCCUACAUCGACUGAAUGGUCCUAUGCCGGCAAAAAUCAUGGCAAUUUGAAAAAUCCCGGAAAAUAUGGCAAUAAUACAGUACUGUAAAUGGUCACCAUUUAUAGAGUGGGCACUGGGAUGCCACCAUGGAUAGCCAAAAGAAAGGGACACUAACACUCAUCUAAGUAACAUGCCUCAUCAGUUCCCAUUAAAGGAGUUUUCCAGUGAAAAUAUAUUAGUUGUCUAUCCUCAUAGUAGUCCGUCAGUAACUGAUCGUCAGUGUGACUCUGUUCAGCAGAUCGGUGGCACCAACACUAUGCAGAAGGCUAAGUACAUCAUAUAGUGCCUGUGCCGGAUUACUGCAGCUCAGAUCCUUUCUGAUCUCUAUUUACCCAUUCAGGGGGUGUAGAAGACCUAACAGAGUGCGCUCUGUCGUUUUAAAAGAUUUUCACAUGUCAAAAAUUUUGUACACACCCCUACGAACACUAGAAAGAGCUGGGAGAAUUGCUCUGCUGAGAGCUUCACUCUUUAACUUGCUGUGAUCUCCAUUUUAUUGCAGGAAAUGAACUCCAUAGACUUACAGCAGAAGCUGUCAUCUGAAUAAAGCAGGGAAAGCAGCAAACUAGGGAAAGAAGCACUACUCCCAGCUUUUUCUAGCGAUCGGUGGGGGUUUAAACAUCCAGACCCUUGACAUGUCUGUGUGGUAUUUUUUUAUGUGACAGUAACG